AUGACAAAUUUAAAAGCAGUUUUUUUAUAUUCAACAGUCUGCAAUUUAUAUAUUCUUUUUUCUGUUAUUAAUUUAACUAAUUGCUAUACAGAUGAAGAAUUGGAAAAAGUAAGAUAUUUAAAAAGAUCAAUAAUGCAAAUAAAUUAUACAAAUUAUAUUAUUGAAGAAAAAGAUUUUAUAACAAGUAUUAGAAAAAAAAGAAAAGUUUUGAUGAAACAAUAUAAAUGGGUUUCACCAAUAAACUAUUAUGUUCAUUAUACUAUAAAUUUCAGAUUUGUAUUUAGUGUAGUAAAAAUGAUUGAAAAAGAAACAUGUAUUAAAUUUCAACGUCAAAAAAAAAUACCCCCGUCGUCAUCAGGUAUUCGUUUUAUUUUUUCAAGAAAAUGUUCUAGUUUUAUGGGAAAACAAUUUGAAGAAGGAUGGCAAGAUGUAGGAAUUGGACAUCAAUGCCAUAAUUUUGGAGGAAUAUUACAUGAAACACUACAUGCACUAGGAUUAAUAAACGAACAAUGUCGUCUUGAUAGAAAAUUUUAUGUCACAAUUUUUGAUAAAAAUAUAAAUGAAGAAUGUAGAAAUAAUUUUGACAAAUUUUCAAAACAAAUUUGCUAUCAAUUUCCUUAUGAUUAUGGAUCAAUAAUGCAUGAUGGAAUGUAUGCUUAUAGUAAAAAUGGAAUGAAAACAUUGAUUCCAAAUAAUCGUUUAUAUGAGCUAACCGUAGGACAACGAGAAAUGUGUUCUUUUACUGAUAUAAAAGCCUUAAAUUAUCACUAUUGUUCUAAAGUAUGUACAAAAAAAAUUUUUUGUGCAAAUUAUGGAUAUCAAAAUCCUAAAAAUUGCAAUAAAUGUAAGUGUGUAGAAGGGUUUGGUGGUGUUUAUUGUAAUUCUUAUUCAAGAAACAAUCGAUAUUGUGGGAAUUCUAUCAUCAGUGUAAAAAAAAAUGUUAACUUUUUAAAAAUACAUGGCAAAAAAAAUUGUUUUUAUCAUUUAAAUUCAAAAAAACAAAAAAAAAUAUUAAUUGGAAUAUUAAAAAUUAAUAUGGAACAAAGUUAUUCUACUACCUGUAAUUCAAAUAACGCAUUUGAAGUAAAAUACAUGGAAGAUAAAUCUAUAACAGGUGCAAGAUUUUGUCAUCAAAAGUUUGCAAGAUUGAUUGAAUCAAAAAGUAGUCAUGUUAUCUUAUACUACAGAAGUAGUAAACAUUAUAAUAAUGUUUUUAUAUAUUUUAAAGAAAUAAUUUGA